AUGCAUCAGAUUUACAGCUGCAGCGAUGAAAAUUUAGAAGUUUUCACCACUGUGAUUUCAUCCAAAUCGUGCAGUCCUGCCCGGAGAAGAGCCAAAGCUCCGCAGCACAUCCUAGCAAAGAGCGUGAUAGCAAUAGCUGACUGCUGGCCCCACAGGCCAGACAAGCCGCAGCCCCACCACGGCGACGUCCUCCAGGUGCUGUACGGAGAUGACGAGGUGCGGGACCUGGGCUGCCUGCAGAGCGGGCAGCAGGCACCCUGCCCUGCCAAGUGCACGGCCAAGCACAUGGGAAUUUCUGAACAAGAGUCAUCUAAGUCCUGCGAUCACCAAUCAGAUAGAAAAUCUUCUUUUCCAGCAUCAUCAGUUACCCACAUCGCAGUGAAACAGGCGGCUGCCACGGAAUUGCCCACAGAUGACAGCACCUUUACGGAAGACCAAAGACAGCGCUUGAGGAAGACCACAGAAUACGACCUGACCCUACCACCAGGAGCAGAAGCUUCUUUACCUCUGACAGGAGGCAACCUGUGUGGGACGCCCAGCCUCCUGAGGAAGAUGUUGAUGAAGCACAAGAAGAAGUCGGAGUAUCUGGGGGCAACAAACAGUGCCUUUGAGGCAGACUGA